AUGGGGAAAGCAGUGCAAUGGCCGCCGAAGUCCAGAAAACUCGACUCAAAGAAGGAUCCCUCGAAGUGGUGCGAUUUCCAUGCCGACAUCGAUCACACCACCAAUGAAUGCGUAGCUUUGAGGAGAGAAGUUUCCUACCUACUAAAGAACGGAUACCUCAAAGACGUCAUGUCUAAAAAAGGUCGAGGCCUCGUCAACAAAGACAACUCCAAUUCUCCAUCUCGACCUCCUCCAGCUCCCCCUCAUACUAAAACUGUAAAUUUUAUUGCUGAAGGCUCGGACAUUUUUGGUUUGACUUAUUCUGCAGCAAAAAGGCAUGCUCGAGAGAAUGAGAUCGACAGACCAGCAAGGGCAGUGGCCGCGAAACAUCUGACCCCUAUAUCCUUUGACGAAUUCGAUGCAGGUGACAUCCCUGACAAACAUCAUGACGGUCUGGUAAUAUCUAUUCCCGUUGGGAAUUGUAUGAUCAAACGGGUCCUUGUCGACAACGGUAGCUCCACCAACGUUAUGAUGCUAGAUGCCCUCAAGGAGAUGGGGUUGAACCCAGACACCGACGUCGUUAAGAAAUCUACGGUUCUGAUAGGAUUCAUUGGCGAAGCAAAAACCCCCUUCGGAGAAGUCACUUUUCCCGUCUAUGCCCAGGGAGUCAACCAACAGACAGCUACUGGAGUUCCUGAGUUGGAAGCAAUACAAGCUAGAGUUUCAAAGUCACCAAAGGAGCAACACACAUUACAAAUCGAGUGUUCUUCAUACUCACAAGAAAAGCUACAGACUCAUGGCUACGAGUUCCUCUAUAAGCAUAAGAGGAACUCAUCAAUGUUCUAG